AGUCUAGCAGGUUUUUUUUUGUUUGGAGCUUUUGUAUCGAUCCAGGAACGGGGGUGGUAUUAUAUUUGCGUUAAAGUCUUUCGCGGGGUGCAGCAUCGUGUUUGCGUGAUUGUUUAGCCUCACCGCUUGCGUAGAAAGGCGAGAAGAAUAAAACGAAAACCGAGUAUAAGAAAACACCAUGUUGGAGCUGGAGGAGUUCUCGUUUCGGGACCUGGCCUCCGUGUUGUUUCCCGACUGGCUGAGCUCCACGGACGAGGUGAUUGGUAUCAUCGCCGAGGCGCAGAGGACCGGGCACCUGGCAACGGAGCGCGCCGACGUGAAGGAGGUCGCGUUCACGAUGAACAAAGUGAGUGCCACCGGUUCGUCCUACACUACGCGCUACCUCUGCGGGGCGGAUUUACCCGUCUUGGCGGAGUUGGAGAGCGGCGUUUGCUACGCUUCCGCGCGGGGCGAGCUCGGACUGGUUGUCAACUACUCGAUGAGUCGGACGAAGUGGUUUCCCAGCCUCGGGCUCCCGGAAUACGAAGUGUGGUUCUACGAUGCCGUUUUGAUCCUGGUCGGGCUUCUCUGCUCCCUGUGCCUUUGGUUCAACGUCAAGGCGUUUUUGUCGCUGUUCGCGGCCGCCCGCGGGGCCAAGCCGGUCCAGUUGGUCGUCGAAGACGAGGUGACUUUGGUGGACGCGAAGCAGUAUCAGCAGGUCGCUCCGGUGCUCGAUGUCACGGCCACGACCACGCUGCUUGAUGAUGAGGUCGACCUGGAGGACUCGGCGGUGGAAGGUACUCAAUAUUUAUGGACUCGUUUGAUAGGACAUCACUGCUACACUUUGCAGAAUAUUAAGCAGUAGCUUAUGGACACGACAUCGAUGUUGAAAUGAUGUAUGAUGUGCUCUUUGUACUGUAGCUCCUUGUUGGACUUGUAAAAAAUCUACAUGAUCUACAAUCGCAGAUAAAUCGGUUUCGGUGGAGCCCGUUUCGGUGGUUGAGAAGGAAGAAGAGAAGGUACCAACGCCCGUGACCGAGGCUUCCGGAAGCGAGGACCGCCUCCAGGAUAGCAAAUGCAAAAAUGUCUGGGUCUGGAAGAAUUCAUGAUUGUCAUGCUUGUCUGGCAUGACUCUUAAAUCUGUCAUGCACGUUACCCAAGAGCUCCGUUUUUCUGUGAUGCAGAAGCGCAGUUUGCCAUGCAGAAUAGGCAACACCUAGGAGCUCAGAAACUUGUCAUGCUGAGCCAGCAUUUGUAGCCUCGUCAUGAGACGCCACCCAGCAUCACAAGUUUCCAGACCCAGACAUUUUUACAGUUGAUACAGGAUGCUGUCCCGCAAGAGGCCGCGGCGGUUCCGGAGAGAACGACGGCCAUCCCGGAAGGUUAGAAAGAUGUUUUGAUUUAAUAUCUGUGAAGUUGUUGAGCGCCGGGUGCGCGUAUGGCGGAUUUUAUGUCUGCGUUCCUCUGUCUGUUUCUAGCCGUGCACCUUUCGAAAGCAGAGGCAAGGUAGUUGGUUCCAUACGCUAGUGGCUGUACAAGUACAGAUGGUCGAAAAUAAUAAUCAAUGCAACCAAGGUUCUUACGAAGAGACUACGCCCGCACCGGCUGUGGACGACGGUGGCGCUAGUUCUUCGUCGGACAUGAUCUCCCCCGCUAUGACCCAGACGACGGCGGGUGCCUCCAAAAUCUCCAAGGGAACCCGUACCUUGAAGCGUCGCUUGUCUUCGUGCUGCGGGGUUUCGAAGGUGCAGGAGGAAGCCACGUACACCCUGGACUCCGCUUAA